AUGCUGACUGCUAUUGCUCCAGCGCCCUCAAAGCAAAAAGCCCAGAAGAUGUCCAUGGGGGCCUUCUUGGCUGAUGAGAACUUCGGUUCCUGGGCCGAUGAGAUGGAGGAUAUGCCUUUGCCUGCCCCUCCUUCUCAGCCCAGCUUCGGUAGCAGUCGCCCUGCUGCGCCGCUUGGUUCGGGAUUCAAUGACCGUGGUUUUGCGAUGAGGGAGCCGCUCCCCCUUCCUACCCAGCCUCCUUAUACCGCCCACAUUGGAAACAUGGCCUUUGACGCGACUGCGGCUGAUGUCUCUGACCUCUUUGCUGAGUGUGGUGUGACAAAUGUCCGUGUCGUGGAGGACAAGUUGACCGGAAGCCCCAAGGGUUUCGGAUACGUCGAGUUCGAAACCGUUGACGGUCUGAAGAAGGCUCUUGACUUGUCGGGCGCAACCCUCCAAGGAAGAGCGAUCCGAGUCAGCAUCGCCGAGCCCCCCAAGGAACGUGAUGUCAAGGAGUUUGACUGGACUCGCAAGGGUCCCCUUCCCGACGCACCUGGAGCGCGCCGUGGACCUGUUCCUGUUCCUGACCGCUCCGCUUUUGGACGCAACCUUGACACCCUCUCAGAUGCCGGCAGCGAACGUGCCGGCGGACGUCGCAACUUCGAAUCUGAUGGAAAGCCCCGUGACUUUGGCAACUGGGAACGCAAGGGUCCCCUUUCUCCGGUCAGCGGUCCCCCCAGAGAAGGCCGCCCACGCAGCAACGAGAGCUCUUCUUUCAGAAGAAGCUCCCCCGCUUGGGGUGAGGGCCGCUCCCAGGAUGGCUCUAGACCCCCUCGUCGUGAAUUCCAGGAACGUACCCCCACUGCCGCUGAGCUUGACAACACCUGGAGAGCUAGAAUGCGACCUGACCAGCCUCCUGCCAAGGAACCUACAUCGCCCGCUGCUGCCCCUGCCGGCCCCCCUGCUAGGCCCAAGUUGAACCUCCAGAAGCGAACUGUACCCGAUGCCACAGCCACCCCCGCCAGCGCAGGUGGCGAUUCGAAAGCUAGCCCAUUCGGUGCUGCUCGCCCGAUCGACACUGCUACCAGAGAGAAGCAGGUCGAGGAGAGACGUCAACAGGCACUUCGCGAGAAGAAGGAGGCCGAUGAGAAGGCAAAGGCUGAGAAAGCUGAGAAGCAACGACAGUCCAAGGAGCAGGCCAAGGCCGAGAAAGCGGCAGCUGGCGGUAGCGAGAAAGAUGGCGAGACACCUGCAGGCGGCAAGAACUUCGAGAUCCUCCGGCGGGCCGAAGAGGAUGAGGGCGCUGCGGCUGCUGUUCAAGAGCAGGCUGAACCCGCUGCUGCUCCUGCUGAAGCGCCGAAAGAAGCCGGUGAAAACAAGGCUAAUGGAAGCUGGAGGAGCGCACCUGCUGAGGCCGAGGCACCCGCUGACGAUGAGGGCUGGAGCACCGUGAACAACUCGAGGCAGCGCAGCAACCGCCGCGGACAGUCCGGCCGUACUUACGCAUAGAUUUAUCGAUACCCUGAACCGCGUCAUCGCUUUACCAGGACCUCACGCCAAUCUUGCGGAGCUGAUUUGAUGAAAGGGGCUGCAUAAUAGGCCUUGACUUUGAAUGUAGCCAUUCCAAAGGACAAGAUACUCCAGCGGCAGUCUUGAGGUGGUGAACCCAGCAUCUCGGUACGCUAUCCUCGAAAGGACUUUUUUACGAAUCUCCCUCCGGCAAUAGCGAGGUGGUUUUGGUUAUGUUGGUGGGCAUUUGUUUUAAUUUUCAGAUCGUCAGCUCUUCUCUACUCCGGUCAUCUCUUGGUUCACGAUUUCUUCGUUGGGCUAGGUCCCUGAUUUACGUCUAGUCCUUGCUAUCGCUGUCCGACAUGUUUCGAAAAAGUUUAUUUCCUUUUUUCUCUCAUGUGUUUCCUUUUUUUUCAACUCUUUUUUU